GCCGGUUUAAGACCAGCCAUCGGGGUCACAUCGAGACAUUUUAAAUCAGUUUCAUUCAAUUAUUUAAUAAUUAAACUGUAAUUAGAUAGUUGAACAGUGCAAGUGCGGUUGAUUAGCCUCGUCCAAGUCGCCCGGGAUACGAUUACCGGGAUAAUUCCAGACGCGCCUACAGCAUUUCAGCCAUUUUCUUUUUCAUUUUGAUAUCACAAUCGCGAUGCUAAUUCAAUUCGUUUCCAGUGACAAUUAUCGAUAAUUCGACGAAGGUAUUGAAUAAGGGUUUUAUCGCUCUCGAGGAAUUACUGGGUUAGGAAGGUUGUCUCUCAAGCAAUUUUGAUUCGAGUGUUGCGAGUUGUACUCCUGACUGGAAAUAUUGAUUCGACGUGUGUAAAAUACAACCUACAACCGAAAGAUUCCCGUUGAUAAAUUUUCGUGAAAAUGCAGCGAUUUUGGAUCGGGCUAAAUUACGGGAAGUUUUUUACUAAAUUGUUCAAGAAUAGGUGAUCAUGAAUGUAUACAGAUAGACAACCCAGAGCUGAUCUGGUAUGCAGUGGCGGAAAUUGGCGCGCUCGAAGAUCACUUCCGGUCGGUCACGCACGCGCAACAUGCUCUGCUGUGGCCGCAGAAAGGAUAAUGGACGCGAGGCUCUUGAUCUCACAGCGUCCCCAUUGCGGGCACCGGCGGCUGCACCAAAUUCGAGGACCCCUCACCCUCCGCCAAUGGUCAUACAGGGAGAUUUCAGAAAGGUGUCAGGAAUCAGCAGUGAGAUUUUCAAGCAGAUAGAAACAGUAGAAAACGAUCACGAUGCGUCGACAGCGGCCGCCUUGGAUCACGUGGAAAGACGCGGUGAGAUGAUAGUACGCAUCCUGGAGGCUAGGCAACUAGGCAGAACAACGAACGGAGACGCCGUCAAGAGAUUCACGGCCAUGCAGGAUGCCAAGCACACGGUGCAGUUCGUCGAAAUCGUGAAGAGACCCGGCCAAACUCUGGGUCUGUACAUCAGGGAAGGCAAUGGAAUUGACAGGAACGACGGGGUGUUCAUAUCGAGGAUAGCGCUGGAAUCUGCGGUGUAUAACAGUGGGUGUCUUAAGGUGGGCGACGAAAUCUUAGCCGUAAAUCUGGUCGACGUGACUCGCAUGAGCCUGGACGACGUCGUCAUCAUCAUGUCGAUACCCAGGCGACUCGUAUUGGCGACUCGGCAACGAAAAGCGACCAAGGGUGGGCAGAGUUCGCCGAGCGUGCAGCCCCGAGCCGAGCACAAACCCCCUCCCGUAGUCGUUAUCAAAAGAGAACUGAGGGAAGACGAGACUGAUGAUGGGGAUCUCGAUCACAGGGACUCCAUUCGACAACGCCACACUGGUGAUGGUCGAGAAAUGUCUGAAUCCAGGUCCAGAUUGGGCUUAGGUCUGUCUACUUUGGAUUCACGCCACACUGCCCAACAGGCUGUUGACUCAAACGGUCUAGAUCUCUACUAUAACAGCCGACCGCCCGACACGAAUUGGGGCUACCAGCCCCCGCCUCCUGUCAUCACCGAGCAGCCCAAGUCCAGCAUGCAACACUUCCAACCGUACGAACGAAGUUACCCGAACACGCUCGAAAGUCUGGCCGAAAAGGUGCACUCGUUCGGUAUGAGCAGGAGGAUGUCCGCAGGCGGGCAACCUCUGGGUCCGAGAAUAUCUUCCCAGCAAAGCCCUUCCUCUCACUACUACGUUCAACACGCCGGCACUGGUAGUCGAAGAAUCAUGCCCAGAUCCGGGUCCGAUCAACACCUCCCUCAAACAGAGUACUGUGACUAUACCAGCAUCACCCAAGCUGGUAGGCACAGUUUACUGCGCAGCAGUCUUAAAUCAGGAUCGACUUUAAGCAGAUACAAUCAAAGGUUUGUGGACCAGGCAGCCGUAGCGGCUCAAAUAGCCCAAGCAAAAUACGGUACCAGCGGUUCGCAGUACCCUGCUGCUAGUACGAUGCGUCGAACUAGGGGUAGCUUAGAUUAUUCCAGCGAUACCGAGGCUACGUCCGGUAGGGCGGGUUACUACUAUUACGGGCGAAAUCAAGGCGGCGCGACGACAGCCGGCAUCCCCCACAGCACGAUUCCGACAUUAGGUCGUCAAAAUUCUAUGGGAACGGCGGACAUCGCGAACAAAUUUAAUUCGCUGCCGCGAGACACCAGAGCGGCGUCAAGAUUGGCAAUGAAUAAAAGAUUCGGCGGAGAUCGAAGCGUGUCUCUAAUACAAGACGAAGGUGAUGGGGCGCUUUCGGCGCCCGAGAUGCCUUCCACCAUUAGAAGGGAUAGAGAUGAGUACAGGCAAUGGUUGAGCAGAACUCCGUCUACGUCGGCCAUCUACGAGCAAAUCAGAGCUUCUAGAGACGUUUUGAACCAACAGAGAGCAGCGAGGUUCACCUACAGCGCCGAGAAUAUUCACGAUGCACUCAAAAAUAUGGAGAGUGGGUUAUACAGCGGGUACGGACGUCCAGGAACGACUUCGACUUUAGACAGGCAUUUUCCUAGGUCGCAAACGUCAAGCAUUCCAGCGAGAUCAUUAUCAACUCAACAUAUCACAUCAGCUCUUAGUAGUUCGAGAUCUCCAUCGAUGCGUCGCAUGCGACAACUCCUCGACCUGGAUUCCGUGCGAACGGGGGCCCCCAGUCCGGUGCCGACACCUAGCGGGACUCUUCCGAGAGGUCAGAGACAGCUCGAUAUCAAUCCCGCUGAAUUCCUUAAAUACAAGCUGGACAAACCGACGGGGCUAGUAGGAGGGACUUCUAUGACAGGUCUUUCACAACUAGCAGCCGGUCCUGGCGGUAUAUCGUCCGAUGAACCAAUCAGCGGCAUGCUCUGGGUGCACCUACUCGCAGGUAGAGGGCUCAGGCCUUCUACGGGAACCUCGGCAGCCACCACACCCGUAACACCAAGCGGGGGAACUCCAAGUAUAACAGGUCCGACCGCUGUUAGGGAUCUCUACUGCGUGUUGGAGUGCGAUCGUGUACAUAAAGCUCGUACAGUGGUAAGGACGGGAGACCUCGUGUUCGACUGGGACGAAAGUUUCGAACUUGAUUUGGUCAACAACAGGGAGUUGGACCUGUUGAUCUAUUCCUGGGAUCCUCAGUACAGGCACAAACUGUGCUACAAAGGCUCCGUUUAUUUGCCCACUCUGCUCAAGUCCGGCCCUAUACACCAGUUAGCGCUUAAAAUUGAACCUAGAGGCACAUUAUAUUUGAGACUGAGACAUACUGAUUCCCAAAAUUUAUAUCGAAGACGACCUCUUUCUACAUUAACUUUAUCUAGAACCACGCCACUUUUUGGUGUGGAUUUAGAAACUGUGGUAAAUCGAGAAAGUAAGACUGGUGGUGUUCCCGGUGGUGUAGCGACAGGACUAGUGACUAGUUCGCAACAUAACAUUCCUAUAAUCAUUAGGAGAUGCGUCGAAGAAGUUGAAAGGAGAGGCCUAGAUAUUAUAGGCCUUUACCGACUGUGCGGGUCAGCGACCAAGAAGAGGAUCCUGCGCGAAGCCUUCGAAAGGAACAGCCGGUCCGUGGACCUAAGUCCGGACAACGUGCCGGACAUCAACGUGAUCACGGGCGUGCUUAAAGACUAUUUACGCGAAUUGCCUGAACCGUUGUUCACCAAAUGUCUGUACCAGAUGAUGGUGGACGCUCUGAGCGUUUGCUUGCCCGACGAUCCGGAGGGCAACGCGAAACUGAUGUUCUCCAUAUUGGAUUGCUUGCCGAGAAUCAACAGGGCUACCCUGAUAUUCCUGAUGGACCACCUCGCUUUGGUCGUAUCAGCAUCCGAUCGUAAUAAGAUGUCCGCCCAAAAUUUGGCGACUGCUCUAGCGCCGCCGCUGAUGCUGCAAACCAGCGACACCAUGACCCCGACGGCCACCAGCAAACCCCACUACGAAAUCGACUAUCACCAACCCAUCAGCGUACUCAAAUACCUCCUGCAAAUUUGGCCGACGCCCAAGCACCAUCACUCAGGUCGUCGCGGCAGGCCAUCCGGGCCGCGUGGAGACAGUCGCAGUGCGUGUCCUCAGGCGGCGGCGGCAGCGGCGGCGCAAGCGGGGGCGGCGGUGGGCCGCGAGCCGUCUCGGCUCUCAGCGGCUCCGUUUCCUCCUCCUCCUCGCUCAGCAGUCUCGGGCCCGCGCGGCCCACAGCCACAGGUCCCAUUACACCAGAUACUAGGCCAAUCAUCAGCAAGCAAAGGUCCCUACCGUCCACUAUCCCCUCGGGUAGGGCCGCAAGCCACUUCCUCGGCCGUAGCGCUUCGGCCGCGACAGGUGAUAGUCUCUUCGCCAGGCUCUCCAAGCAGCAGUAGCGACAGCCAGAGCGGUUCUGAAUCCGUCAAACACUGCCUACCCAGCCGCGUCAGUUCGCCCAUCAUCAGAGCCUCGCCCUCUGCGCAAACGAUGCUGCGAUCGUCUCCGUCUGUCACCAUCAGCUCGCCGGGUCUCAGACACUCGCCUUCGAUCACCAGCUCCGUGUCAGGAGGUUCUCCGGGUCCUAGAAACUCGCCAUCGAUAUCCAGUUUGAGUAGAGCUGGUCAGGUAUCUAGAUCUAGUUCGCCGGCAAUGCAAGCCAGUAGCGCUGGAUUAAAUGUUACACUAGGUGGUGCAACGCCGUCUUUUACUUCGACUUUGAGCAGCUAUCAGAGCUCUUUGAGCGGUAAUACGCCUACAAGUUAUUGGAGUUACUCGCAACCGUCUUCUUAUUCGCAACAAUCUUCUUAUACUCAACCACCAACUUAUUCCAGUACCAAUCCGUUUCUGACGGGUUCGUAUAUGAGUUACACUCCUGGUGAAGCUAAUUUUGCUGAGAAGUUCAACACCAUCGGUCCUUCAAAGGAGAUUAAAUCGUUUUUUGAUACUUAUACCAGUGAUAGUAAUAAAUAUUCUACGAUGAAUCCCAAGACAACAUCGUACGACACUGAUUACCUCUACUCAACAUCUGAUGUCAAAACCAAUGGAGUCUCAAGCCGUUACAUCGAUAAAUCCUACCUUAAUGGUACUUACUCAACGGAUUUGAAGUACGGCAGUACUAAAUCAUCAUCUAACUACGACAUGAGUCCAAAUAUCGUUCAAAGUACCAAUAAUUCAACUUCUGGACUUCUUAACGUCGAAGAAACUCCGACACCGACUAGCAGCAUCGAAACUGAGGACAGCAACACCAGAGAGGUGGGCGAGAAGGACGUCGAAGGUGAUGGGGAACAAAGUGACUGAAUUUAUUAUCGUUAAUGAGUAAUAAUCACUUUUUAAAAACGGUGAAAGCACAAAUAAAGACGUAAUUUUUUUUAGGUAUGUCACUCAUUAUUCGUUGUAUUUACCAUUGUAACUUCGUUCAUUGGGAUAUUUGUAAUAAAUGCGGUAAUGAGAUAGGACGGUUGAUGCUGGGUUGAGGGAAAUUAAAUGGUAAGUAGCAUAGUAGGAGAUCAAAAUUAACUUCGAUUCUAUUAAAUGUCUGAUUAGUACAGAAUAGAGUAAUUAUCCUUAAAUCGAUCCUACUGACUGCGCCAAUUUUUUAAUGUAGGAUUAUUCCUACUUGAGCUUUUACCGUUUGAUUUUCGACCCGCACCGUAUACACCGUUCGAAAUUAAAUGAAUGUAUUGCUUACUAGAAAUCAAACUGAAUCAAUAGGUAUCAUUGUUAUCUAAAUAUUUAAAUUUUAGUUGUUAGUUAAAACAUAAAAAAAACAAUAUUUAUUAAAACGAAUAGAAUUUUAAAUGGUAUACAUAUUAGCAAAUAAUUGUUACGUGUGUUGCACAAGUACUUUUACGUUUGUUCUGUUACCGAUCUGCAUACAGUAUGAUUUAAAAAGCUUGACCAGAUCGUCCAUUUCUUUGAAAUCUCCUAACAACUAAUUAUUUUCCGUACAAGCUUUUUGAAUAAUACUGUAUACGUUCUGUCAAAGUGUGAUAUUCACUCGAUCUUACAUGCAGGCUUUUCUAGACACUUCCCGAUCGAUUAUAUCGAUAUUAAGAACAUUGAUUUCGAUAUAACCGUUAGCUGACUGUUUUCUGGAAACCUACAAUCCCUCGAAUUGUCCCAUACCAACAUGCCCAAUGUGAAACAAACUCUACUUAUACAAGAGGUUAAUUUUGUAACAAUUUUUGACAGAUAACUCACUUGGGCUUCCCAGAAUUCUGCUAGCCAAAUUUCUUAUCGAAAUCAAAUAGUAAUUUUACGUCUGAAGCCGUUUUUGGCGUUUAAAAACGUUAAGCAGACAUUUUGAAGUUUCUUGUUAUGAAAUUAUGUAAUGUUAAAUUUGUUAAAAACUUUCAAAUAGACAAAAUCAAUCUUUAAAUAAACAAAAAAGAAAUUUAAAAAAUCUGAUUGUGGUACAAUAUUGUCCCAAAAAGUAUUUAUUAUUUGUGGGAAAUGGUUAAAAAGCCAUUAUAUUUGUUAAAAGGUCAAUACAUUGUCUCGACAUCACUAUUUAUUGGGUAGGCAAUGUAGAUACCCAUAUUUGACAGUUUGAAAUAAAGUUCCUACAUUUUGUUCCGAGUAAAGUUAGCUAUGACUUUACAGAAUGGUUGCAAAUGGUUGUUAAGGCUUAUAUUUGAAAAAUAGCGAUGUUGAUUUGGAUUUUAAUCCUGCAAGGUAAGUGGUUUUAAUAAAAAUUGGUUUUAUAGCGUUUUUCUGGGAAAGCUCAAGACACCUAAUUGCCAAAAUAGUCUGGAUUAUAUACAAUAACCUAUUUUUUUAAUAAACUACAUGUUGGUUUUAGUUUGGGAUAGACACUUUGUUUAUUUGCGUCACUAUGAAAUGCCUGUAAGAAUAUUUAAAAUUUGAUGACAACGUAGACAAUUAGGGAGGUCUGUUUUUUUAUUAAAGUUGGUUGAAUAGAAAAAAUGAUUACCCUGUAUGCAUAUAUAAGUUUCAUGGUUAAGAUUUAAAAUAAAGAAUAUUUUUCAAUAUGCAGGUCAAUGACCUGCUCAUUUUGCACCCCCAUAGUACAUCUACUUUCUAAAAAAAAAUUCUUACUGAAGCAUUUCAAAAGUGACUUUAUAUUUUUAUUUGAAUUAAAAUGAGAUAUAUUGCACAAACAAAAUACUAUUGUAAAAAAUAAAACAAACAUCACUGCCAUGUAACGUAUUUUAGGCAGGUUUUCCAACUAGUAUUACCUCUAGCGAAAACUAUUUUGAAUAAAUACCUACGAAUGGAAUUUGUAGAGUUUGUGGUUAUUUAAUUUUUUUCUAGAAUUUGUAAUUUUUCAAAUGAUAAUAACCCUUAAAGAAAAAUCGCUUAUUACAAGGUGGUC